UGGAACAUGUGGAGUGGUAGCAAGGCUGCGUUCGCGCUCAGUCAUCGGCCGGUCCAAGCGCGCGGCUGGCCGUUCCAUUUUCGAAAGUUUGAAACAAUCGAAAUACGAAUUUGACAUCUUUGAAUUGACAUUUUUUUUUUCGUGCGACAUCGUUUAAAACGAUGUUGAAGAUCGGCGGCGGCGCGGUGCUGCUGGCGGCCAUCGUGGCCGUGUUCGUGGUGGCCACGCAGGGCCGCGACCCCGACCUGGAGGCGCUGGAGCAGGAGGGCCGGGAGUACAUCGCCCAGCUGGACCGCGCGGCCGGCGCGCGCAAGAACCGCGCCAGUCUCGUCGAGUGGGCAUACACCUCUAACAUCACCGAGGCCAAUGAGGAGCAACGGAUACAAGUUCAACUAGAGCUCUCAAAGCAGGAGAAACAAGCAUGGAGCGAAACGAAGAUGUACAGGUGGCAGGAUUUCCAGGACUUCACUCUGAGACGGAUGUUCAAAAAGUACAGUCAGCUCGGCGUGGCGGCGCUACCUGAUGAAAAGUACAAACUGCUGAUGCAGAGCGUCUCGGGCAUGGAGUCCAACUACGCAACGUCCAAGAUCUGUGACUAUAAGAACACCACCAAAUGUGACCUGUCUUUAGAACCUGAGAUAACGGAGAUAUUCGCGAAGAGCCAGGACCCCGAAGAGCUGAAGAACGCGUGGGUGCAGUGGCACGCAGCAGCGGGCGCGCGCGCCAGGCAGAACUUCUCACAGUACGUGCAGUUGGACAACGAGGCGGCGCAGCUCAACGGUUUCAAGGAUGUAGCCGACUGGUGGCUGUCAGAAUACGAGGUGCCCGACUUCGAGCAACAGCUGGCCAAGCUGUGGGAGGACGUCAAGCCUCUGUACCAGGAGUUGCAUGCGUAUGUGAGGAAACGGCUGAGGGACAAGUAUGGAGAGCACGUCGUGUCGGCUAAAGGUCCUAUCCCGGCACAUUUGCUAGGAAAUAUGUGGGCUCAAACAUGGAACAACAUCGAGUCAUUUACCCGUCCUUACCCAGAUAAGAAGGAAAUAGACAUAACGAAGACGAUGAAAGACAAAAACUACACGCCUCUCAAAAUGUUCCAAAUGUCGGACGAAUUCUUCAGGUCAUUGAACCUGACCGCCAUGCCGGAGAAGUUCUGGAAGAAUUCCAUCAUUGAGAAACCUACUGACAGAGAGAUCGUGUGUCACGCAUCAGCAUGGGACUUUUAUGAUGGUGAAGAUUUUAGGAUCAAACAGUGCACGACAGUCGAUUACGAAUAUUUCCAAACGACUCACCACGAAAUGGGCCACAUACAAUACUUCCUACAGUAUAAACAUCAGCCGGUCGUAUUCCGGGACGGAGCUAAUCCAGGUUUUCAUGAAGCGGUAGGAGACACGAUAGCUCUGUCGGUGUCGUCUCCCAAACAUCUGCGUCGAGUUGGACUGAUCAGCGGAGACGCGGAGGAUGAGCAGACUGAAAUCAACCAGCUCUAUAAAAUGGGUAUAGACAAGAUCGUGUUCCUGCCGUUCGCGUACGUGUUGGACUUGUUCCGGUACAGCGUGUUCCGAGGGACCACCACUCCCGAGGACUACAACUGUCACUACUGGCGGCUGCGGGACGAGCUGCAGGGAGUCGAGCCUCCUGUCAACAGGACGGAGGAGGACUUUGAUGCCGCUGCCAAGUACCAUGUGUCUGCUGACGUGGAGUAUGCCAGAUAUUACGUAUCAUUCAUAAUCCAAUUCCAAUUCCAUCGAGCACUAUGUCAGCUGGCCGGGGAGUACGUACCUGAAGAUCUCACCAAGAAGCUGGUCGAUUGUGAUAUUUACCAGAGUGUCAAUGCUGGGAAUGCGUUAUCGAACAUGCUAAAGAUGGGCUCGUCCAAGCCGUGGCCGGACGCGAUGGAGGCGCUGACGGGACAGCGCGCGAUGCGGGCGGACGGCUUGCUGGAGUACUUCCGCCCGCUGCAGGAGUGGCUGCACGCGGAGAACCAACGCACUGGCGAAUACAUAGGCUGGGAACCUAGUAAAAUGCAAUACUGUACGCAGGAGCAGCGGGCGGCGCUGGACGCGAAGGCCAAGCCCGAGCCGCCGCACGAGUCGUGACGCACCGUACUUACUACAUAGGAUAAUUUGUCGAUAUAGGAACAGUAUUCGUAAUAAAUGUUUUGUAAUAUA